AUGUUAGAUUAAAGUGAGGCUUAUAAGAUUGAAGAUAAACUAUUACUAACUAAAUAACUCAAUACUAAUGGAAAGUAAGAGAACUUUGUAAAAUUCAUAGUGCUUUUUAAUCAAUGAGAGCCAAGUUUUAUGGAUUUAGAAUGAAGAACAAAGCUAUUCAAAACAAGAAAAGAUACUAAUAACUAGCUCCAAUACAUUAUCACAUCAUAAAAGAUGUUUCUCGAAAAGAAUGUUAUUAGUAAAAUAUAUAUUGAUUAUUUUGAAAAGUGUCAUAGAAAACUGGAUAAGUAUGGGGAAAAGUAAACAAAUCUAAAUUUGCCAGAUUGAAAAGAAAAUUGACCAGAAAAUGGAGAGAAAUAAAGAAGUCAAAAAUUGCAUAGAAAAUAACUAAAUCAAUAAAGCUUAUUCCAAUAAUCAAUCCAAACAAUGAAUUCAAAUUAAUAUGGGAUAUAUUUCUAGCUUUUAUUAGGUUUUACCUUUUGUUUGCUAUUCCUUAUGAAACAGCAUUCAAUAACAAACUACUUUACAAUUAACUUUUAUGGACAUUGCAAGUAUCCACUGCUUUAUUAAUCUUUGAUAUUUUACUUAACUUCAUAACAUCUUUUUAUGAGAAAGGAUAUUUAAUAACGAACCAUUAUAAAGUAGCUCGAAAUUAUAUAAGGAAUGGUUUUAUUUAUGAUAUUUUUUGUGUUAUUACAUUAGUUUUAGUUCUUGCUUAAGAAAUUGGUGAACAAAAUAGUUAUAUUGAUUAUAAACACUAGUCACUAAGAGAGUAUAACUAUGUUAGAAGUGUGAUCAGUAUCUUAGGAAUUAUUAUCUAAUUAUAAAAUAUAAUUCGAGUCUUUUAAAGAUUAUAAAACAGCUAAGAUUAUUCAGAAUCUACUUCAUUACUAAUAGAUCUAGUAAAAUAUUAAAUUAUUAUAGAUUAAAUUAGUGAUGUUUCUAUUCUUACUGGAACAUUUAUUUAGUUGUAUUUGGUAUUUUGUUGGAAUUUAAGAUAUUGCUGAAGAUUCAUGGAUAAAAGCAAAUGGAUUAUCAGAUGCCACCUAUACUGAUCAAUAUAUUGCAGCCUUUUAUUUUUCGUCUGUUACAAUGUUUACUGUAGGGUAUGGAGAUGUUGUUCCAAAAAGUAAUCUACUUCAAAUAUCUUAUUAGAUGUAUAUGAAAGAUUAGUGACAAUAGGAUUUAUGGUUUGUUCAACUUUACAAUUAUCAUAUACAGUAUCAGCUAUUUGGAAUGUAUAUUCUAAAUUGAAUGAGAAAAGUGAGGAUCAUAUUCGUAAAAUGAGAGCUAUUAAUACUUAUAUGAAGAGUGUGAAUAUUUCUAAUUAACUCAAAUAUGAAAUAAGAGAAUAUUUAACAUUUUAUUGGAAAGAAUAAAAACUAGAAGAAAAUUUAGAAGUAAAGGAUAUAAUAGGUUAAUUAUCUUAAGACCUUUAAGAAAAUCUAAUCUUUGAAGCUAAUUCAAUUAUAGUCAAAGGUUGUAAAUUAUUUAAUGAUUAUUUUUCUCAUGAAUUUAAAGCUGAAUGUUUGAAACAUGUUUAAUCAAUGACACUUACACCUUGUAAAACAGUUCCUUUUGAUUAACCUUGUUUAUUCUUCAUAGAAAGAGGAUCUAUUGGAACAUAUUUUAGAAAUAAUAGAUUGAGAUUAGCCACACUCUAAGCAGGGGAUAAUUUUGGAUUAAGAGAAUUUAUGCUUGAUGAUAUUCCAUCCUUAAGAUACACAUCUGUUGCUUUUAGUAAAUUAGUAUUCAUUACAAAAAAAGACUUUAUGAAAGUUCUUUCAUAAUAUUCAGAAGAUCAUGAAUAAUAUUGUCAAUUGAAAGAGUAACUUAUAUUUGAUAAAUCAUAUUUUGGUAUGGAUUGUUACUCAUGUAAAAGUCUUUAACAUACUAUUCAAUAAUGCCCUUUACUUACAUUCAAUCCAGACAAAGAUUCAGUAAUUAAAAAACAUUAAUAUCCUUUAUUAUAAAAUAGAUCAUCUUAUAAAAGAAAAUUUGAAAGAAAAAGAAGAGCCAUUUUUAAAGAACUUAAAUAAAAUGAUAAUUUGGAUAAGAUUUAAUUAACUAUUCCAACAAUAGAAUCAUCAGAUUCUUCUGAAUUUGAAUUGAAAGAAUCAUGGAAAGCUUCUCAUUAAAAUUACUUUUAAUAAAUGUAAAGUGUAACAAGAAGAUAGUUUUCUAAUAGAUAAGCCUUAAAUAUAAAAUAAAUAAGAUAAAAAUUACAUCCUCCAAACUAGAUUAAUUAAGUUUUAGAAUUACAUACUCUUAGAGAAUUUGAUGAUGAUGGAUUAAGAGAAAGUGAUAAAGUACUGUUAGAAGACUUAAAAUUAAAAUUGAAUUAAAGGGCUAAUUUAGAAAUAGAUUGCAUUAAAAAUUUCAAGUAUUAUUAUCCACAAUUUAAUUCUGCUUGGUUAUUUAAAACAACAAAAAUUAACUUAAAAUUCUUUGAAUAGUGGAAGUAAUUAAGUCUUUUCCUAACGUUUCCUUACGAAUUUAUAAAGUAAUAAUUAAAAAUAAUAAUAUUUAAGGAAAUAUCGUCAGUAUAUCCUAAGAGAUAAUCAACUUGUAAGUCCAUAGAAAGAGGCAGAACAUCAUAAGAAAAAAAAGAGGGCAACUGCAUUAUAUUUUAAACCUGUCUAAGUGAAAUGA